AUGAUCUCCAGAGCAGCCCAGAACACAGACAUCAGUUGUACUUUGGUGGUAACCUGGGCCACAGACAUUGACACAGACCUCAGCUGCAGGAGGACCAUGGAUCCAGACAAUGUCCUUGGGGGCAGCCAGGACCACACCAUGGCCUCCUCACAUCUGUCUCUUCCUCACUGCAUUGCCUUUCACUGCAUUAACAUUUCUCCACAGUGCAUGGACCCCUUAGAUAACUUCCAGGCACUCCUGGAGUGCCGCAUCAAUUCUGGAGAAGAGGUCCUAAGGAAGCACUUUGAGACCACGGUGGUUAACACCUUAUUCUGCUCUAAGACUCAGCAGAAGCAGAUGCUGGAGAUCUACGAUGUGGUGGACAUAGCAGGAGAGGAGCACCUGCCCGUGCUGGUGAGGUUUGUUGAUGAUGCUCACAACCUGAGAGAAGAGUUUGUGGGAUUUCUGCCAUAUGAAGCCGAUGCAGAGAUUUUGGCUGUGAAAUUUCACACUACAAUAACUGAGAAAUGGGGAUUGAAUAUGGAGUAUUGUCGUGGUCAGGCUUACAUUGUGUCCAGUGGAUUUUCUUCCAAAAUGAAAGUUGUUGCUACAAGACUUUUAGAAAAAUAUCCCCAGGCUGUCUACACCCUCUGUUCUUCCUGUGACUUAAAUGCAUGGUUGGCCAAGUCUGUGCCUGUGUCCGGGGUGUCCGUGGCUUUAGGAACCAUUGAGGAAGUCUGUUCAUUCUUCCAUAGAUCACCACAGCUGCUUUUAGAACUUGACAAUGUAAUUUCUGUUCUUUUUCAGAAUAGCGAAGAAUGGGCUAAAGAACUGAAGGAGCUUUGUCAUUCCCAGUGGACAGGCAGGCAUGAUGCUUUUGAAAUCUCAGUGGAUCUCCUACAAGCACUUGUCUUAUGUUUAGAUGGUAUAAAUAGCGACACGAAUAUUAGGUGGAAUAAGUAUAUAGCUGGGCGAGCAUUUGUACUCUGUAGUGCAGUGACAGAUUUUGAUUUCAUUGUUACCAUUGUUGUUCUUAAAAAUGUCUUAUCUUUUUCAAGAGCCUUUGGGAAGAAUCUCCAGGGACAAACCUCUGAUGUCUUCUUUGCAGUCAGCAGCUUGACUGCAGUAUUGCAUUCACUUAACGAGGUGAUGGAAAAUAUCGAAGUUUAUCAUGAGUUUUGGUUUGAGGAAGCCACAAAUUUAGCAACCAAACUUGACAUUCAAAUGAAACUCCCAGGGAAGUUUCAGAGAGCCCAGCAAGGUAACCUGGAAUCUCAGCUAACCUCCGAGAGUUACUAUAAAGACACUCUCAGUGUUCCAACAGUAGAACACAUUAUUCAGGAACUUAAAGAUAUUUUCUCUGAACAGCACCUCAGAGAUCUGAAAUGCCUAUCUCUGGUACCCUCAGUAAUGGGGCAGCUCAAAUUUAACACAUCAGAAGAGCACCAUGCUGACAUGUACAGUGACCUACCCAAUCCUGACACACUCUCUGCUGAGCUUCACUGUAGGAGAAUCAAGUGGAAAUACAUAGGAAAAGAUAUCGAGCUCCCGCCCACCAUUUAUGAAGCCCUCCAUCUUCCUGACAUCAUUUUUCCUAUUGUAUAUGCUUUGUUGAAGGUCCUGUGUAUUCUCCCUGUGAUGAAGGUUGAGAAUGAGCGCUAUGAAAAUGGAUGGAAACAUCUCAAAGCAUACUUGCGGAAUACUCUGACAGACCAGAGGUCAAGCAAUUUGGCUUUGCUUAACAUAAAUUUUGAUAUAAAACAUGAUUUAGAUUUAAUGGUGGACACAUACAUCAAACUCUAUACAUAUAAAUCAGAGCUUCCUACAAAUAAUUCAGAAACCAUUGAAAAUAACUAAAAGAUUUUAAAAAUGGCUGUUGUCUUAUUUUGCUGUUUGGAAGAAAAGCUGUAAGGUGUAGUAGGCCACUUAAUGACUUGCUGAUAGACCUCCAGUUUAACAUAUCAU